CGAAUUUACUAAAGAGCAGGGUGCUGGUUAGUACUGGCUUCAUAGAAAUAAAUCCUCAAAAUCCAAAAGGUUUUGCUUACAUGAGUCACAGGCAGAAAACUCCUGGGAUAUCUUUUACCAUUGGGCUUGGGAGUCAGGUAGUCCGAUAAAGAACGGUCCACAGCAGGUCUGAGUUCACACAGUGAUAGGAGCUUGGGAAAUCCAGGCACCAAACCACAGUCUAGUGGUGAUAAUCCAAAAAUUACAAACUGUUAGAAAGAGGUUCUAGAUGUCCAGGUUGAAAGGAAACCACCCACACCUCACAGGUACAAGCAGGAAGCAGAGAAACAAAACAAAGUUAGCACAAGCUCUGGUCAGACUGGCAAAGUUACUCUGGCUUGGUGAUUACCACAUGGGCAAAACACACAGGCAACGAAGGACUGGUAGCUGGUUCCUAAAUACUCCUCCCAGGUACACACGAUCAACCAACGAUCAGGAACACUUGUAGCAGAGUCAGCAGUGGCUCCAGGAAGACUUCUGGUCAAGCACAGUAUAACGCUCCAAAGUCCCAACAUGCGGCCUACUUCAUGUUGUCAGACAGGUUUUAUUUAAGCAAUUAAAGAACUUAGGAAAAGAACAUUUUCUUCAAAUGGUCCAUCUACUUGGAACAAACUACAACAGGACCUGAAGCUGUGCAGCUUCACUGAACUGAAGUUUUUUAAGCAUAUUUGAAGCAAAGCAUCAAUGCAUGGUUCCUGUUCCUAAUGUUUUACUGCUUGGUCUUUAUUUUCUCUUGUAUUUUCUCAGUUCAUUGGUAGCAUGAAUUGUACUGACUGCUGUGGGAAUUAACAUGUGGUUUUGUAUGCAUAUUUAAAGGAGCUCGUGUUUUGUGGAAGGUGCGUUUGUUUGUGCUUGACAAAAUGAAGGUUAGAGGUGAAGAUGGAGGACAAGGAUAUGUGGAACUUUUUUUUAUGUUUUGCAUUUGAAGGUUUGUUUCAUCUGUGUGUCCUUAUCGACCCGUUCUUCACUUUCCAUCAGCAACAUGAAAAACCCUUGAUGGGUGCGCCAACUUUACCUGCAGGGUCUAGGUGUGGUGAUUCUAAUCCAGCGCAAAACUGUCUCCAAUUAGCCGCAAAGCCUGCACCAUAAUUCAGGACAGACACUGAAACGAAGCGAAGUUUUCAACUGCUGGACUGAGAUAGCCCGGCCCAUCUGGUGCAGCAAAUGGCCCAACUCACCAGGGAGCGAGGGGAGUGAGAAAGGGGAGGAGAUCAGGGGGUAAAGAGGGGGGAGACGGAGGAAAGAGGAGGAGGAGAGGGACGGAUUGUAAACAGAUCAGCAGCCUGAAGAUCUCAACAGAACCGCAUGUCUCAAAGACAGAGGCACAGAGACAGACAGAGGUCCAAACGGUAAACUUUGAGGAGCAUCAUGUCAGCUUGGUGAAAGAAGCGCAGAGCAGAGCAGAGCAGAGCAGAGCAGGCUGGAACUGCGCACCUCCUGCACAACAUGGAUUGUGGGAAAAAGUUCGGAGAGUUUUUCUCUGUCUCUGCUCCGAGACGGAGAGGAUUGUAAAUGCCCUGCUCCCCAAGUGCUCCCAAAACUUUUCCCAGCUCGCUUCAUGGAGGCGCAAGCGCGCUUCUGACUUGCGGGAAUCCGACCCCAGAGAAAAGUUUUCCAGUUUUUCCUCGAAACAAAAACCAGAAAAAAGAAAGAAAGUGAACAAAGAACCUGGAAAAGACUCGGCUUUAGGGACAAACAGGAAAGGUUGUGCUGGGAAUUGAAGAGCAGCAUGGAAACUUCACCUCCAACAGCCAUCGACAAGGAGUGCAAAAGUUCUGGUAUAGAUGGGAGCAGCUUCUCAGAACUCCCUAAAAAGCCGUCGCCAGCCACCCUGACCAGAGGUGCCCACCACCUUUUCCCAACAUUUCACUCGCCCAUCCCAAUUGACAUGAGGCACCACGAGGGGCGGUACCAUUACGAGCCACACCCACUCCACCCCAUGCAUGGCCACCCAGGACUGACAGGAAGUCCAGUCAUCUCAGAUAUUUCUCUGAUUCGACUUUCGCCGCACGCCACAGCUGGGACUGGUGAGUCACCGUUCAGCCCACCGCAUCCUUACGUCAGCCCUCACAUGGACCAGUACCUUCGCUCGGUCCACAGCAGUCCCUCCCUGUCCAUGAUCUCAGCUGCACGAGGACUGAGCCCAGCUGAAGUGACCCACGAGCAUUUGAAGGAGCGAGCCCUGUUCAGUUUCCCCCCUCCACCACCAGGGGCCAAUCCCUCUGAGUACUACCACCUGAUGGCCAGUGCCAGCCUGAGGAGCCCCUACGGUGACCUGCUGGUGCACAACGGUGCAGCUGCUGCAGCCGCAGCCGCUGCAGUUCAUCUGCCAGAUUACGUCACCCCAGUGGAUGUAUCCCGAUUCUCCAGCCCAAGGUUGACACCCCGGCUCAACAGGAAGAGGGCGCUGUCCAUCUCGCCUCUGUCAGAUGCCAGCAUUGACCUACAGACCAUGAUCCGCACAUCACCUAAUUCUCUGGUGGCCUACAUCAAUAAUUCUCGCUCCAGUUCAGCCGCCAGCAGCUCCUAUGGGCACCUUUCAGUUGGAGGAAUCAGCCCAACAUUCAGCUUCCCCCAUCCUAUCAACCCCGUGACCUACCAGCAGCUGUUGUCCCAACAGAGACCCUUGAACGCCUUUGGCCACACACCUCCUCUCCUUCAGCCAUCGACGUCCUCCUUCUCUGCACGCCAGCACGCCGUCACUGCUUCGUCCAUGUCUUCACACAACUUGAACUCAGAGGUGAACCAGAAUGCCAGCGGAGAUCCUGCAGUCAGCAGCACCGUCAAUCCAUUAAACACCAAGAGAACAAAGGUGAAAACUGAAGCAGAGGGUCCAGUUUCUAUUUCACCGUCUUCUCAGGAUCAUGGAGGGGGGAUCCUGGACCUGAGUGAAGAUCUGGAAAAGGAUGAGUGCAAACAGGAGCCUGAGGCUGUAUAUGAGACCAACUGCCACUGGGAGGGAUGCACCAAGGAGUAUGAGACCCAGGACCAGCUAGUUCAUCACAUCAACAAUGACCACAUCCACGGAGAGAAGAAGGAGUUUGUGUGUCGCUGGGAGGAGUGUUCCCGGGAGCAGAAACCCUUCAAGGCCCAGUACAUGCUGGUGGUCCACAUGAGGCGACACACUGGAGAGAAGCCGCACAAAUGCACAUUUGAGGGAUGCUUUAAAGCUUACUCUCGCCUGGAGAACCUUAAAACCCACCUCAGGUCCCACACCGGGGAGAAACCUUAUGUGUGUGAGCAUGAAGGCUGCAAUAAGGCCUUCUCCAACGCCUCUGACCGGGCCAAGCAUCAGAACCGCACCCACUCAAAUGAGAAACCAUACGUCUGUAAAUUCCCGGGCUGCACCAAGCGAUACACGGACCCAAGCUCUCUCAGGAAGCAUGUCAAGACAGUUCACGGACCUGAAGCCCACGUCACCAAAAAGCAACGAAGUGACGCUCCGCCUAGGCUACCACCCAGAGGAAACGGAGAGAACGAGGCGAACUCCAAGCAUGGCCUAACGGGCGUGGAUGGGAAGACUGAGGCCAAAAGCACAUCCGAGGGAGGAGACGACUACCUGCAACUCAAAUCUAUCAAGACAGAGAACUCCAUGACAUAUCAGUCCAGUCCUGGUGGCCAGUCGUCAUACAGCAGCGAGCCAUCGCCUCUCAGCGCCAACAACGACAGUGGAGUAGAGAUGGCCAUGCACAGUGGGGGCAGCUUCGGGGACCUCAGCGUGCAGGAUGAGUGUCCCAUGGUUGACUCCCCUGUCUCCGCUGGGGGGCAGCAAGCAGGGCUGGAGCUUCAGUUGAGGAAUUCGGUGGUUCAUGGAGGAGCGGUCACCAUCAAGUUGGAGAACAUUAAGCAGGAAAGGCUGAAGACAGUGAGGGACUCCUGCACCUGGGCUAACAGCAGACCACAGCCACUGCAGGGCCAACACAUGAUGCUGCCUCCCAUUCCUGCAGUUGGUUCCUUGCUGGAGAACUCCAACAUGACGAGUGACUUCCGGGGUUCUUACCCUGGCCAUCCCACAGGGGAACUGUUAUCAUGUGAAAUAACACUGCUGAACCAGUUGAACGAGCGCCGCAACAGUACCACCAGCACCCUAAGUUCAGCCUACACCUUCAGUCGACGAUCCUCCGGUAUAUCACCCUGUUGCUCCAGCCGUCGUUCUAGUGAUGCAUCACAGUUUGGCGCUAACCGCCACAACAACAUUAGUUCGGCUGACUCAUAUGAUCCAAUCUCCACCGAUCUGUCUCGGCGGUCCAGCGAAGCCAGUCACUGUGGUGGCGGUGGUGGUGUAACCAGAGGAGGUGGAGGAGGCCUUCCUAGUCUUUUUAGUCUGACACCAGCCCAGCAUUAUCGGCUCAAAGCCAAGUACGCUGCUGCCAUUGGCGGAGCUCCACCCACACCUCUCCCGAACAUGGAUCGAAUUAGCCUUAGGACAAGAAUGGCUCUUUACAGUGAUUCCCAGGAAGGCUCUAUGACCUCCUUCCUUCAGCCGCCUGGCAGAACAGUGCCAAGGCGAUGCAGUGAAACUGGAUAUGGCUCACAGAGCAUGAUGCCCCAUGAAGUACCCACCAACCUUCCACGUCGGGCCAGCGACCCAGUCCGUCUUCCCCCUCUGGACCCGCUUUCUCUUCCGAGUGUUCAGCGCUACAACAGUAUGAACAACAUAAAUCCCAUGAACAACCCAUCAACUGCUGAUCGUCAUAUGCAGGGUUGCACCCGCUCUGAUGGAAGUCUCCAAUGGUACCCAUUCGCACCAAGACCACCAAGCAUUUCUGAGAAUUUUGCCAUGGAGAACAUGGCAAUUGAUGGGGUGAUGACCAGUGGGGACCACAGUGUAGAGGAUGAAGUUGUGCUUCCCGAUGAUGUCGUUCAGUACCUCAGGUCGCAGAAUUCUGGUCUGACAGGUCAGAACUAUAAUUCCAAUUGUCAGACUCAGGGCUACCAGACAAGCAUGGCUCCACCACUGCACUUUCAUGGACAGAGAAGGAUGGCCAUGGUGGACACCACCAUGGCACAGGAUAUGCAGUCUUACCAGAGGGGUCCUAAUGGCUCCCAACAGCCUUUUCCAGCACCACCAGACAACAAGAAUAACAUGCCGGUGCAAUGGAACGAGGUGAGCUCAGGGACGAUGGACACUGCAACAAAGCUCCCCAAACCACAGCAGCAUCCUAUUAGGGGAAACCUGGCUGUUGUUCAGCAGAGGCACACCUCUGGGUCACUUCUGUGCCUUAGUGGCAACCAGCAGGUUGUACCGAUGAGUCAGAACAUCUCUAUGCAAGGAUAUGUGAAUCACAGCCACCAGAGGCCGAUGAAUACCUCUCUCCAGCAGCAGCAUCAACAGAGACAACACAACAGCACAAACUUUAAUCAGCCAAUGAGCAAUCAACAAGGAUUCAGUCAAGAGGAGAGUCUUCGUUCUUUAUCUGGAAACUCUAGCUUACAACCUGCCCUCAACACAAUGGCAAGCGUUGAGCUGCAAAUUUGCAGGACAAGAACCCAGAUGAGUGGAUACUGUCAUGUGAACCAAGUGGAUCAGGAAAAGAAUUAUAGCAUUUCUUUCAAGCAACAGCAGCAUGGGGUCCAAAAUGGAACCAGAGAGAUGUUACAACCUAGGCCACCCAACGAGCCCAAGUCUUUUAGCAGACAACACCCAGUCUCAGGCGUGACACAACCAAGCCACAAAGUAGCCGAUCUGAACCCAAGUAAUAUAACUGUCAGCUCUGAGGCUAGCCCAAAGAGGCAGAGUAAGGGGUUGGACCAUAACAGCUCAGACAACCAGAACUCUACUGUAUUUUACACGGGACAGAUUCACAUGUUUGAGCCAUCUUCCAACAGCAUUGAUGACUCAAUAUCCCCGUGUACCAACGAGGCCACCUCCAGCUGCCACUCUGCGGCAGCCAACAUGGCCUCUCCAGGAGUCAACCAGGUAUCCAGCAGUACUGUUGACUCCUCCACCAGUCGAUCAGGAGCCACAGAGCAUGCCCAGAUUGACUUUGACACUAUGCUUGAUGACGGAGAUCACUCCAGCCUCAUGUCUGGAACACUGAGUCCCGGCCUUCUGCAGAGCCUCUCCCAGAGCUCCUCACGUCUCACUACGCCACGGAACUCUGUUACCCUGACAUCUGUUCCAGCAGGGAUCGGGAACAUGGCCAUCGGAGACAUGAACUCCAUGCUUACAGCUUUGGCUGAAGAAAGCAAGUUCCUCAAUAUGAUCAGCUGAGAGCAAUCAAACACCUCAUUGACCUUUUGUUAGCAUGUCAAUGGUGAGAACAUGAACAUAUUGAUACCUUCAGGAAAAUACAGACAACACAAAGAAAGCACUGAUUGGCUAUUUCAUAUGUUUUUUCCAUUGUCUAUAGGAAUAUCAUAAUCUUCUGUUAUUUUUUCCAGACUGAAAUAUGUAAACUGGAAAAGUUCAUAGUUAUUUUAGCUAGGGGUACAGUUUUCUGUCAUGAUUGUUUUAAAGCCAUAUUUUCUAGCAGCAAAUCUAGGACAGCCCAGGGUAUAUAAACUGCUGGUUUAACAGGCUUUUACAAAGUGGUACACUGAAAACACAUCACACAUGCCUUGCUGGGGACAUUACCUUUAAGCACCUGAGGACACAGGUACUAGAAGAUGGACAUGAUAUGCAGAGAUAAGAUGAUUCCUCAAGUCUCUGCUGUGUUUAGAUUUGACUCAUUGUUUUAAUUUAUGCUUUAGUCUGUUUGUUUAAACUGGAGCUGCCAAAGGUUCCUUUUCAUCAGACAGUUGAAUUUUUUGAGGUUGAAGAUAAAAUACUAGCACCAGCCAGUCUAAGACCAUAUUUCUCAGCUGCAGAAAGAUGGGAAGCCACCUUCAGGUUGGGGAAGAGACUUGCUCCCCAGUGGAGGAGUGAAACUAUCUCAAGGUCUUUUUCAGAAAUGUGCAUGGAGGGGCAUCAAUUGUUCUGGUCUAUCACGCUGAAGAGAGUGCUAAGACAAAAGGUGAAACUCUCAGCUUACUAUUCCAGUAAAUUGAGAGUCCAUAGGACUAUUCCUGUCCUCGCCUAUGCCUUCUUAAUGAGAUAAUGAAAUCAGCUUCCUCUGCAGGGACUCACUCUUCAGGAUGUGAUUGGAACCCAGAGUACAGUAUUAUAACAUGAUUUAACUGGAGGCAACCAGACUUUUCAUCUGGUUGUUUCUUGGAAACCUAUAGACACCUAUCCAGGUGCCUUUGUCAAUUCGACAGGCUCGCAGUUGAGCAGAGUAGAGUCACUGCUUGUCCUCAUAGAAAGGAGCCAGCUGAAUUGGUUUGUGCAUAAAGUUAGGAUGAAUGGGCAGAUGGACAAGCUGACUAACAAACACAGGUUCCAGUUCAUAGAGUUAGGAUGUUAAUGAUGUAAAUGGGAUAUGCUGUGAUUGAAUAACACUUUUCCAAGUUUCAGAAUUUUUUUUUUAACUCACUUACUGUUUAAUUGCAGUUUACAACAUUUGUGUUGGACAGCUCGUUUAAACAUGCAUUUAAAGAAUCAUAAUGGUUUUUGUUCUGGGACAGAACUCAGAUUUUCCUCCUUGUAUUUAUGGAUCAGAGGCAUGUAUGUAUGUAUCUGAUGAUGAGUUGUCUGGUUCUCAGCAAGGAUCCAACCACAAUGAACUAUGUCACACCAUAUGCCAUAGGUCCACAGUUAACUGCGAAGUUUAGGAAGGGACUAAGACAUUGAUCAUUAAAACCUGCUGUUGACAGAGUUGUUGAAGUUGCUCUGCACAUUCCUCAGUUUUACUACCAUGGCUGAAUUUCACUGUUUGGUUAUAUUACCAAGUCCUCUCAGUCUGUUUGGGGUUGUGUGUAUAUAGCUUUUGUACAUUUUAAAUAAACUAUCGUCUUUUUUCUGUGAAA